CCAAACCCUCCGAAACAAACAAAAUUUGAAAAAAAUAUAAAAAAGGAUUAGGAGAUCGAGGCAGCUAAUGGCAGAGCGUCUGGCACUGACACUGUCACCACUGCCAUCCCAAUCUUCACCCGCCAUGGCUUCUUUCUUCGGCACCCACGCCGCCGCCGCCUCUUCUAGCAUUGUCCCCAACACCUCCGCCGCUGCCCCUUCAACCAGACUCACUUUCUCUUCUUCUUCUUCUUCCACUUCUCUCGCCUCUCUCAGAUUCCUCAGAUCCUCUCCUCCCGUCUCUCAUCUCUUUCUCAACAGCAAGAAACGAUUGCUGGUGCCUCUCGUAUCGAAGAGAGGUCUGAGCGCCGCGGUUACUCCGAAAUGCGCGGCCUCCGAUCCCGACCAGUUGAAGGGUGCCAGAGAGGAUAUUAAAGCGAUCCUCAAGGCCAACUUUUGCCAUCCUAUUCUGGUUCGCUUGGGUUGGCAUGAUGCUGGUACUUACAACAAAAACAUUCAGGAAUGGCCACAAAGAGGUGGAGCUAAUGGGAGUUUGAGAUUCGAGAUUGAGCUCAAACAUGCGGCUAAUGCUGGUCUCGUAAAUGCAUUGAAGCUUAUUCAGCCUAUCAAAGAUAAGUACCCUGGUGUGACAUAUGCAGACUUGUUUCAGUUGGCCAGUGCUACUGCAAUUGAGGAAGCCGGGGGCCCCAAAAUCCCUAUGAAGUAUGGAAGAGUGGAUGUCACAGCACCUACAGAUUGCCCAGAAGAAGGGAGGCUUCCUGAUGCUGGUCCCCCUUCACCUGCUGAUCAUCUACGAGAAGUUUUCUACAGAAUGGGGUUAAGCGAUAAGGAAAUAGUUGCAUUAUCUGGUGCGCACACGCUGGGAAGGUCAAGACCUGAACGCAGUGGUUGGGGCAAGUCGGAGACAAAGUACACGAAAGAUGGGCCUGGAGCACCAGGAGGACAGUCCUGGACAGUGCAAUGGCUGAAGUUUGAUAAUUCCUACUUCAAGGAUAUCAAACAAAGAAGGGAUGAAGAUUUACUGGUGUUGCCAACUGAUGCUGUUCUUUUUGAAGAUCCAUCAUUCAAGGUAUAUGCCGAGAAAUAUGCUGAGGAUCAGGAAGCAUUUUUCAAGGAUUAUGCUGAAGCCCAUGCAAAACUCAGCAACCUUGGAGCAAAAUUUGAUCCUGCAGAGGGUAUUGUGAUUAAUGAUGGUUCCUCAGAAUCUGCACCAGAGAAGUUUGUGGCAUCAAAGUACUCGUCUGGGAAGGAUUAAGAAACAAGUAUCAUGUUUUCUUGUGCCGUGUCUUUUAAUAAGAAGAAGCUAUUUUCAAAUCCUGUCAACUCACAUCUAAUGCAUGGAAGUCUUAAAUGAAGAAGAAAGGAAUAAAAUUCAAUAGUCUUACCUAUGUACUUGCAGAAAGAGCUGUCGCCGUCUAUGAAGCAAAAGAUUCGAGAAGAGUAUGAAGCAUUUGGUGGAAGCCCAGAUAAGCCUCUACCGACUAACUAUUUCCUCAAUAUUAUUAUUGUGAUUGCUGUUUUAGCAGUUUUGUCAUCACUAGUUGUGAACUAGGUUUUCUGAGCUUAUUGAUGAAAAUUGCAUUGUUUAUGUGCACUUCGGUUUACUCUGGCAUUGCCAAUGAGUGAAUGGUGGCUCUUGUUGUAUCCAUACAAGUUUCAUACUGGAAAUGAAUGUAGCAAAUUAGGAUUUGUAAAUGUU